UUCCGCUCGGUAUCGUUCAGCCAAGAAACGUCCGAUCGUCUCGAGCGGUGUCAUGUCGCGAGUCAGCCGCCUCUAACGCGAGAAAUCGGCCGGCGAGAAGUGUGUGAAUCUCUCCACGAGGAAGAGCCCGAAGAACGAUCGCAGCGAUGCGGUUCGCCAAGCUGAGACUCCUCGCGGCGACGCUCCUCGUCGUCGCGACCGUCGCCAAAGAGGAGAGCCCGUCAUCGAAGAACCGUGACAAACGUCAGCAGCUCGCCUUCCUGCGGAAGGGUGGUCGCCUGCCGCCGUAUGCGGUACAGAUGGAACCGAUAGUGCAAUACUCUCAGAGAGAUCCUUUGUACAAUCCCUUGGCGAGCCCGAAGAACGACGAUUUGUAUGAAGAGAACCCGUCGAGCUACUAUCCAACGGAACCCGAACCGAUCAUUGAGAUCAUUAUCAAAGAAUCCAAUGAAUCUCUUCCGACUCCGGUGCCGCCAGCGCUUCCUUCUCAACCGCGACCCACCAAGGAACCUAUCCAGGUCUUCUACGUAAAAUAUGAGAAGAAAAAGGGCUACGGGGACAAGACUCGCGUCGUUUACGAUCCGCCGAUUCCCGCGCUGACGCCGGUGGAGGAGCACGAGGAAAUUAAGCCGGAAAACUCGGCACCGUACGGGGAGGAGCCGACGUACACGGUGACGCCGGCACCGCCUUCAGAACCGUCGACGACCUUACGCGCCAUUAUUCGACCCGACAGCGAGGUAUACCAUUCCGGCAGCAGUGGCAUCCGCGUGACCUUCGGCACCGAGCAAGUGCCGCCCAACAGUCACAGCAAGCGCAGCGACCUGGAGACGCCUGGUAGUAGCACCCAACCGCACGUCAGCAAGCCGACGACGUCGCCGGGAGCGCCGAAGAGACAGCACGGCCCUUACCAGCCGUUGCAGCCCCCGCAACCCCCACGAGUGCCACCCGCGUUCCCACAGCACCGCAUUAUCAACUCGUUCCCACCGCAAUCGCAGGCAACGACGUUCUUGCAACAGCAGCAACAGCAGCAACCGCCGCCGCCGCCACCGCCCCUGCCACCGCCGCAUCAUCAGUCGUUUCCACCACAGCAAUCCUUGAGGAACCCGCCAUCGCCACCGCCACCGCCAUCGAGACCAUUGCAGCGGCACCCUAUAACAAUUCAAGGUCUCCCGGAAGUGCAGCAACGUACGACGUUCAACAGUUUCGGUCCGCCGCCGCAUCACGUUAAUAUUAAUCACCCGCAGCAACCGGGAUUCCCGCCCGCGUUAUCGGUAUCGCAUCAGAGCGUUCACGUGCAGAAUCGACCAUUGUCGUUGCAGCAGAAUAACUUCGCGGAACCACCUCAAUCAUUACCGGUCAAACCUAGCGGCUUCAAUUCGGAGCCACCGCAGCAACCGUUAUCCAGACCGAAUAAUUUCAAUGCGGAACUUCCGCCGCAAUCGCUACCUCCGUUUAAGCAGCAGGAACUGGAAAAGCAACGUUAUCACGAGCAACGACGACAGCAAGACUUGUUGAAGCAACGGGAACAUCAACGACAACACGAGCAGCAGCGAUAUCAGGAACAUCAGCGAUUCCUGGAGCAACAGAGACAGGUCGAGCAACAGAGAUUGUUGGAGCAGCAGAGACAGCAGGAACAUCAGAGGCAACAAGAACACCAGAGACUUCAAGAGCAACAGCGACUGCAGGAGCAACAACGUUUGCAAGAACAACAUCGGUUGCAGGAUCAGCAGCGAUUGCAGGAUUUGCAGCGCUUGCAGGAACAACGCAGGCGGAAGCAAGAGCAGGAGCUGAAACUGUUUCAGGAACAGCAACGGUAUCGCACGCAGCUUAAGUAUAACCAGGCGCAGCUUCAGCAGCCGCAAUUGCAACCGCAAUUACAGCAACAAUUGCAGCCACAAUUACCGCCGCAAUUAUCGCCUCAACGACCGGCAGGUGAAAUUUUCAAGGCCGUGCCGAAGCUGGAACAGCAUUACGCGAUCCGAGAAAAUCCUCUUCAUCCCGGCCCGUUCCCGCCAAAUCCUGCUGUAGUGCAACCAACGGCAUUUCCCGAAUUCUCCCAGAACCAGUUUGUAUCCGCGCAACCGUUCAACGCUCUUCGCGAUUCCCAGCAGCUCGCUGGGAAUCCAACAAAUCAUUUUAUCUCCGGUGACAGUCUACCGCAACAAUUAAACACUCAACAAUUAAACCAGCAAUUAAACACGAAGCAUCAGUCUCACCAGAGUAGUCAGCAGAGUUUCUUCUCACAGAAUCCUCCGACAUCGCAACAACGACCGCAAACCACUUUCUCUCAGCAGCAAUCGAUAUGGGGCCGGCCGUUAUUCCAAAGCAAUCCCGCGCAGAAGAUCUACGCGACGCCGGUUAGCCCCUCCGAAGAGUUUAACUCACCGUCGACCGCUAGAACACUCUUACCGACGACCACGGCCUCGACUACUACGACCAGGACUACAACGACUACCGAGGCGCCAACCACGACGACGCUCUCGCCAAAUAAGGCGGCCAAGAUCAAGGAGAACAUUGCGAAUCUACCGGACGAGGUGCCGGACGACAUCAGGGAGCAGCUGCUGAGUUCCGGUAUUUUGGGCAACGCCGAUAUCCAGAUCCUCGACUACGACAAGAUCGGUGACAUACCGAUCGAGAAACUGCCGCCGGAAGCCCUGGCGAAUUUCUACGGCGCCGGAGGCGGAGCGGCGAUUGCCGCCGGCAGCGAGCCCGUACCAGCGAUCGCCAAAAGGCCGUCGACGAAGACGACGCAGAAGAAGGCGACGAACCUGAUCCCCGUCGUUGAUACCAACGUCGGCGACAGCUCGACCAAGUUCGAACAGGCUACCUUACGGCCUGGCGGCGUGGAGAUGAAAGUAGUACGCUUCGAUCCGAAUACGGAGCAAGGCCGAGCCGUGGCGGAGCAGCAUAUACGGGACGACGCGACCCGGCUCGAGCCGGUGACCGUGGGAGCGCGCGGGGACGAUGCCGCCGCGCAGUACAAUCGUUAUCUGCCGCUUAAAGUGAGCGGCACGUCCUUCCCGAUACCGGACGUGCCGGAGCUCAACGGCCGUAGGAUCUCGAGCGUCGUGGUGCUGGCACCCGUCGACUACGACUUUCCCGGCGAGGAGAGGGAAAUCGCGGCGGCGGCGGCGUCGUCGGAGUCGCAGCGACGCGGCAGGAAGGCCGGCGGCGACGCGCAGCCGGUCAGGUUUCUCGCCGGCGACACCCUCAAGCAGCUCGUGAAGAAGCCCACCGCGGAGAACUACAAGAAGUGGCUCGAACAGGAGAGCCGCACCGAGCCGCAGAGGCAGUCCGUCGUCCUCCUCGUGACCAUGCCGAGAGACGGUGAUGGUCAGGGUGACAAGGAAAUCUUCAUGUACGACGUGACCUCUGGAUCCGUUAGCAAGCUGGCCGGCGAUCUCUCGACGGCCUUCGUGGACGCCGCCGAGAGCAACUCCGACGGCACCGACUCCAUCGACGACUCUACCUUCUCGACGUAUUAACUUAUUGUUAGUCUCGUAAAAAGGCUUUCUCCAAAAUCUUCAAAGAUGUUUAAUCUACGGUCAAUAUUUCUUUUUCGAGGGUCUCUACAACACGCAGUAAUAUAUAUUCAAGAUUUUACCUUUAUUGCAGAUUAAAAAAAAACAAAAAUUCUUUGCAUUGCGGUAUAACAUACUUCUCCAGUGGCUUUGACUAAAUCGAGUUUAACUUUUUCGUUUCACGACGGAGGGAAAGAGGAUUGGAUGCUUGGAUUUGUAUGCUGGCUAUGCGAUAAUGAAUGUCAAUGUUAAACGCUGAUGAUUAAACGCUCUGAUGGAAAAACAGUAUGAAAACGACGGAUUUUCACGAGAUCGCGUGACGCACGAUCCUUUAUGCGAUUUGGGGCGAAAAUGGGGGAAAGAAGAUAAAAAUUUUGGAAUAAGGGCGGAUGAUCGCAGCGUGACAAAUUACUUCGAGUAUCCUUGUAGAUAUCUUAACUAUGUAUUAUUAUGUACAUACAUAUAUAAGAAUAAUUUUGUACUUUUUUAUACGAAAUAAA